AUGGGCUCAUCAUGUUUUAACAUUGUCUUCAUCGCAACACUAAUUUUUCUUGCAACUUCAAUCUCUGCCACAGAAUACAUUGUCGGGGAUGAAAGUGGCUGGGCUCUUGACUUCGAUUACCAAACUUGGGCCAAGGAUAAAGUUUUCUUCGUUGGAGAUACACUUGUGUUCAAUUAUGCCUCGGGUGUACAUAACGUCGCAAAAGUGAAUGGCACGGGAUUCCAACAAUGUACGACUUCCUUUUCCAACGGAAUCUUGACUAGUGGACGUGACAUCAUCCCCCUUCAAACUCCAGGAAGGAAAUGGUACAUUUGUGGUGUUGGGAAGCAUUGCGAACUAAGAAAUAUGAAGCUUGUCAUCACUGUUCUGCCACAAACAAUGGCUCCAGCUCCAAGCCCAGUAGCCACAUCUGGAUCGUUCCAAAUUGCAGUACCAAUGCUGUAUGGGCUUGGUUCUGCCUUAAUCGCGAGUCUAUUUUUGAUCUUGGUUUAA